GCGACCACGCAACUACUCUGGCCGGCUUGUUUACAAUCGUCCCUCUUCAGUCGCCCAUGACAGUUUGAGCCAGCCAGGAAAAAAACGCUUUACUUUUAAAUUCAUCGUCUAUCUAAAUAAUUAAUGUGUAGCUGUCCUUGUCAGACAUUCAUCUAUGAUUUGACUUCCGCCUCGCGUCGUCGCUCUUGCCGCGUUAGCCGCCGAUGCUAGUUUUAGAGAGCUAACGCUUCCACGGGGGAACAAUGACAGCGACUUAUGCCGACAGUGGCGGCGCUCUGGCGGCCAGGGGACUGGAUAUAAGCUUGGCUGCUUUACAGCGUCAGGAUCCGUACAUUAAUAACAUCGUGGACGUGGCGAGCCAAGUGGCUUUGUAUACGUACAACAACAGAGCCAAUGAGUGGGAAAAGACAGAGGUGGAAGGCACACUUUUCAUCUACACAAGACUGGCGUCUCCCAAGCAUGGCUUCACCAUCAUGAACAGACUCAGCAUGGAGAACCUGACUGAGCCCAUCACUAAAGAUUUGGACUUCCAGCUCCAGGACCCCUUCCUGCUCUAUCGCAAUGCACGCUUGGUUAUCCACGGCAUUUGGUUCUACGACAAGGCGGACUGCCAACGCAUCGCCCAGAGGAUGACAACUCUGACCCAACACGAGCAGGCGGUGGCCCAGUCUCAGGGCGGCUGGUUGUCCCCAGGAAGAGGCGCAGCAGGGUCAUCAUCAUCAUCAACAGCAGCAGCCGCAGCAGCAGGAGGCAGCAUGGGCGUCGUCCGAGGUGAAGAAGGGAAGGUAGUGGACAUCAUCCAGAUGUUGACCAAAGCGCACACCGAGUAUGACAAGGAAAAGUCGGAGCCAAAGGAGAUCGGUGGCAGCAGUGUUCUUCACGGGAAGCCCAACCUCAUCAAACCCAUACCUGUCAAGCCCAACACUCAGGACGGAGAUGGCGGCGAGAGCAGGUCCCUGUCUCUGGCCAUGUUGUUUGGAUCUCAGCAUCAGCACUCCUCCAAACACGACUCCGCCCUUCCUGGGGAUGGAAAAGUGGAUCGGCCUCCUGUGGCUCGCACCCUCACCUAUGAAGGCGGAGCGGGGCAAAAAGUUCAGGGAGAUGCUUCACCGCAUCAGCAGCGGCAACCGUGUCCAGCCAUCCAGAAGCUCAUGCAGGGGCAGAGAGGUCCGGCAGGGGGGGUUCUCCAGACACUGUCCGAGUCUCCGGAGAACAGGCUGUGUGACAAUGGUGUCCUGCUGGACCAACACCACCACCACCACCAUCAUCAUCAUCCGCACCACCAUCACCAGCAACUAGACCCAAUCAAGAGACUUUUCCAGUACCAGCCCCCGCCUCAUCCUGAUCCUUGCUGCCCAGCCCCCUCACAGCUCAACCCCCACCCCUGCAGUCAGCCCAUAAUGGCCGCCUCGGCAGUGUGUCCUCACCGGCCCCACAUUCCCGCCGUGCUGCCUCCUCACGAGCUCCUCCACAAGCUCCAGCUGGUCCAGCAGGAGCAGAACGUGACCUCCGUGGAACCGUCACGCCUCGGACCCACUCUGGCCCCCCGAUUCCAGGGUGCAGCAGUGUCAGCAGCAGGUCAACAGGCACCUUCCUCGCAGAGGAACGCCGUUGGCCCGACCUUGCUCCUCUCCCCCAGCGUCUUUUCUCAGGUGAAAUCAGACGGUGCCCUACCGUCCGUGUCUCAAGGCUCCGCCUCCUCCAGAGUCCUGUCCAGAAGCCAACUCCAAGCCACCUUGCUGCACCUUAUCCAGACAGACAGCUCCUUCCUGGACACCAUCUACGAAGCGUACGUCAGCCAGUGUUGCCGCCCAUGACACAUUUACCCCCCCCCCCCUCCAAAUAUGGACUUCCUGUUCCUCCGGAUCCCAUUCACACAGCCAAAUACACCGUUACAUGCUAAGCUUUACGUUUAGACUCUCUGUGAAGGAAAAUAAUGCUUGAGGGUUUUAAGUUAUGUUCAUGUAGCAGCUGUUUCUAAAGUGUAGCCGUUACACCAGCUCCAAUUUUACACUGAAAAAAAAAGUGUUGGUGGUUUUUUUUGUUCAAGUUUACUACCUACAUGCAUUCACUUUAAAGUGAUACUAUGAAGUUUUUUUUUUUUUUUUUUUAACCAGUAUCCAUACUUCAACUACAUUAACAAAUAUUUCUUUUUGUUUUUAUGUGGUGAGAGUAUUUUAAAUAGUACUUUUUAAAAAUGUUAUUGUUUACAUGGGAACACCAAAAUGUGCUGUGGGUGCUCUUCUUAAUUUACUACCAACAUGCAUUUAAAAAAAAGUUAAAAAAUAAUUUUCAUUAUUUGGUCUGCUUUCUUGAUAUUUUAUUUUUUACUUUUAAGUUUUUGACAAAUGUUCCCCUUAAAUGACAUCAUUUAUCAUAGCAAAGCUGCACUACCUCACAGAGAGCUACUACAGUCAAUGCAUUCACGAUAUUAAAAAUUAACACGUUCUUUUUCUACUGUCCUGGUGCACAAAUAUAAGCAAUAACAUACAGCAACUGCAAUGCAAGAUGUAGACAUUAACACUGUCCAAAAUGAGAGGAUUUGUGCGUGUGCAUAUUUUUCUACUGGAGAAGCAAAACCAGCACUAAAUAAAACAACAAAAGUGGUGGCAAAAAAAUCAAUGUAUAUUUAGGAUUAAUUCAUGUUCUUUGGGCUGUUGGAAAUGUUAGAUAUUUUUAUGACAUGUUUGUCUGUGACAGUUUAUUUUUAAUUGGGUAUUAAAUGUUCUACCA